UUGUGUAAAGUUUUUUUUUUUUUUCAGUCUGGAGUUGAUUUGAUCCGUGGCAAAGCAUCGUUCACGAAAGAUGGAAUUGUUGUUGUCGGGGGUAAAAGAUAUUUCGGCAAACACAUUUUGUUAGCUGUCGGAGGAUAUCCGAAUAAGCCAUCGACAAUUCCGGGUGCAGAAUAUGGCACUGAUAGCGAUGUGUUUUUCAGGCGUACAGUGGUAGUAGGUGCAGGUUAUAUAGCUGUCGAGUUGUCAUCCAUGCUAGCGCUGUUAGGUUCCGAUACUCAUCUAUUGAUACGAAAAAAUGCGGUUUUGCGUAAUUUCGACCAAACACUGUCGGAAUGCUUGACUGAAGCAAUUGAGAAAGGCCCAACGAAACUGCAUAAAAAUACCCAGGUGAAAUCAGUGGAAAGGAGAUCAGAUGGUUUACUCACAGUGAAUAUAACAAACGGUGUUAUUGAUGAAGGUGUUAAAACGGACAAAGAUGGCCAUAUUAUUGUGGAUAAAUAUCAAAAUACAUCAGCGAAAAAUAUAUAUGCACUUGGGGAUUGCUGCGGCAAAGCAUUACUUACGCCAGUUGCGAUUGCCGCUGGCCGACGCUUAGCUCAUCGAUUAUUCAAUAAUGAACCGGAAAAUCAUUUAGACUAUGAAAAUAUCCCAAGUGUUGUUGUUGGUUUACAUUUGCUGGGCGAUGGUGCCGAUGAAAUACUGCAAGGCUUCGCAGUUGCUAUCAAAGCAUAA